CCCGCCUCCUCCGCAGCGCCGUCAUGUCCGCCGCCGGCCUCAAAUCGGUAGACUACGAGGUGUCCGGCCGAGUGCAGGACCGUAACCUUGGCACUGCCCUCGACUCAGCGCUGUCAUCGACCGCCGUGAUAACGUACCAAAUACCUUCUCCAGCCGAAUGGGAGCGAGAGCACGAUUGAGCUCGGAAAACCCGACCCGAGUCCAAAUCGAAUUCCCCAGGGGAUGGCGAUAAAUUUUACAUUUCGCCCAAAAGGUGUUUGCUUCAGAAUGUACACAGAGGCCGAAGCUAAGAAAAUGGGUCUGGUCGGUUGGGUCAAGAAUACCAGCCAAGGGACGGUCGUUGGCCAAGUCCAAGGUCCUGAGGAGAAGGUCAAUUCCAUGUCACCCGGAGCCGCUAUUCCGACCAGGCUUCGUUUUCAAAAAAUCGCGUUUGAGAGAAAGGCAGACGUUGCCACGGAAACGGGUUCGUUUCUUAGCGGAAGCUCUGCUGAGGAAGACCUGGCUUACUAAAGUCGGAAGUCCCAGCUCUCACAUUGCCCGAACCGACUUUUCUAACGAGAAGACCAUCUCGAAACUCGAUUUCUCCAGUUUUAGCAUCAGAUACUAACAGAGAAACCGCCUGCCGCUUAAAAUGCUUAAUAAAGCUCCGUGACUUGUCUUAAUCCAUAGCCUGGAAUGGCAGCGCUUUUCGGUGUCUCCUGCGUUUAAGAGGAAGGCAUCAGCCAUUCAUUAUAAGGCGCCAGAAAAACCUGAGAAUGUAAGUCGUGGGAGCCGUCGAGCUAGAAGUGUUAUCGGAUGUUAUUAAAAUUAUUUAACUCCACUAGGCUUUAAGAAGGUACAGAUUUAGAAGAGCUAAGGCAAAAAAUACGCCCGUAAUGUACGGCGGACGAAUCUUCUAAUCUGUGCCCGUAUAUUUCAGUCGAAUGUGUACCGUAAUACGCGUGUGGUUUCACUGACCAUGAGCCGUUAACUAUUUAAUAAUAACAGCUGGUGGCAUCGUGUACCCAAUUAAAUUCUGAAAUGCUU